CACGGGAAACAGAAGAGGAGCUGGCAGGAGGAGCUGCCGGUUGCAAAGAUCCAUUGACUAUAAAAAAAUAUAAUCUCAGUUUUACUUCUAAUGGCUUCGGAGGAGAAACGAAAACCGGGACCUCGGGUUUUAACGGAAAGCGCUUCCCUUUCAACACACAGCAAUCAUAACAAUAACAACAACAACAACAACAAUAACAAUAAAGACAGCGAUGGAAAUGAAGGAACAACGACGGCCACUUCUGCUUCCGUUGAAUCGAGCGGUACAGAGAACAUUAUAGUAGGGAACGGCUCUGGAGUCAGUACAGCAGGCGGCAAUAACGGAAAAUGGGUCCGUCUGAAUGUUGGUGGCACCGUGUUCCUAACGACGCGACAGACGCUACUGAAGGAACAGACUUCCUUUUUGUAUCGACUGUGCCAGCAGCAUGAUUUGCAUUCUGACACGGAUGAAACUGGUGCCUAUGUUAUUGACAGAGAUCCCACAUAUUUUGGUCCUAUACUCAACUACCUUCGACAUGGGAAACUGGUUUAUAACAAAGAACUGGCUGAAGAAGGUGUUUUGGAGGAGGCAGAGUUCUACAACAUAACCCCACUGAUAAAACUGAUUAAAGAGAGGAUUCUGGAACGAGACUCAAAAGCCUCUCAGCAGGUACCCCCAAAGCAUGUUUACAGGGUGCUGCAGUGCCAGGAGGAGGAACUGACCCAGAUGGUGUCCACCAUGUCGGACGGCUGGAAGUUUGAGCAGGUCAGCGUGCGUGCCUGCAGAAAGCCCCGCCCCGGACUGCUCUGGACUAUGGUAAACAUUGGCUCGUCCUAUAGUUAUGGCACAGAGGACCAAGCAGAAUUCCUGUGUGUGGUGUCCAAAGAGCUGCAAACAUCUGCUGGGGGCUUGGGCACUGAGCAGAGCCACAAAACUAAGACUUCAGAGACUCAAGAGGAGGAAGGAGCAAAGGAGGAGCAGGAACAGGAGGAGGACAGAGAGAGAAAUGCCACCUCCAAUGAGUCGCUUAGAGAUUAAGGACACUUGUGUCAUUGUUCCAAUCACAGGAAUGGCUUUUCCAGAUUCAUGGAUCCCGGAUGUAAAGUACACACAUUUUUUAUUCUGCAUUUUGUCAAGAUCCAGGUUCAGUUUUCUAUUACCAGAAUUACCAUUUUGAAUUACUGAAUUGCCCCCCUUAGACAUCAGUGGAGAAAACAUUCACUUUACAACCAGCAGCAAAAAAGAUGACAGUAAAAGAGUGAAUUUGUUUAUAAAGACAACUAAAAGUCUUAGAAUUGGGGAGGUGUAUGUGCAGAAAGUAAUACUGCUUAAACAAAUUACGUGCAUACAACUUAGUAAACUGUAACCAAAGAGCAAGGUGAUUGUGGUAUAACUCAGAAGAAAUCAUUCUGGUGCACUGAAAACAGGGAUAAAAUAUUCACCCUAGCUCUCAUUGUUAGGGUGUCUGAGGUUUUGGCAUUAGCUAGAAUAACCGUGUCCUUUUUCAUUAGUGAUAUAAAGACUCAUGGGUAUAUUUAAAAAGCAAAAGUCUUAAUUGAUGAGUUGCACCAUAGUCCUGUAGUUGACACUGUGGCUGUUUAAAGACUCUGCCAUGUACUGUUUCUUCCUGCAAGCAUGCAUGCAUCAACUGUGGGCUUGUAGCCAAGGCACCCUUUAGAGAGCAGAGGACAUGUCUCCCAGUGUGACCCAGACCUAGCGCCAACAACUCAUGGUAAUGAGCGAUAAGACCCGGCUGAUGGUCCUUGGUGCCUGUCAAACACACUGAAACGUCAUUAGGUGCCACCGGAAUGCUGCCGUACUGUAAUGUUGGGAUUGGUUUAUCUUGAAACGUUUAUAUUCAAUCAAACUGCUAUGAUGUAAACGUUUACAUGUAAACAUAAUUUGUCAUUUGCAGUGGAGUCUGAUCUUGUAGUAGGUCAUGAUAUAAGGUGAGGCUUGGCUGUUUUGCAUUCAUUACAUUCCCACGGUAGCUUUGUAUCUUAGACAGAGGUUCCCAUAUACUUUACUUACUCCAAAGCAGAAUGUGUCAAUUAAAUCAUUAAUUGACUAAAAAUGACAUGCUCUAGUAUAACACAAGAGGAAAAUAAGCCCCUUCUGCUUAUUUCAGUGCCGUGCUAGUUUAAAAAUAGCCUUCCUUUGGUAUUUUUAUGUACAGUGGCAUAUUGGUCUGCUAUAACUGUGCUUUUUCAUUCUGUAGCUUUGUAUUCUUUAAUUAAACAACAUGCACAGAAACUAGAGCACAUCAAGAGCCAAUAGUCCAUAGUGUGUUUCAGCAUAAAAUGUACUGUUUUAAAUGAACAUCUUCAGUCACUCUCAGUGUGGAGUUAAAACAGUUAUUUGUAAUCAAAAUGAUUUAGUGGGCCAAUGCCUUAGUAGGCCAAUCAGUUUUAGUUAGUAUUGUGCCAAAUGAAAAUCCAUCAUGCUCUAAGUAGGGCACAUUAAUCUCCUAUACAGAGACCAAUCCAAUUUUGUUCCACUAACAAACCUUUUAUGCGAACACAUAAAUAACAAAAUUUAGAUACAACAGACAUUUUCAUUCCUGAAUGAAUUCACUGUGGUCUACUUAGACAUAGGACACUUAUGGAUAUCUUUGUACUUGUCUGUUUUUAUCUUUCAGAAAUUAUGCUUUAUGUGUUCUGGGUUUUGUUUUUAUUUGUAGCAGAAUUCUGAGUUAAACAAGCUGUAUUUCUCUCCCCCAUCAGCCUUAUGAGGCUAAAGGAGCCUGUUUUGUUUACACCUUUGUUCAAUGCGUAAGGACAUGCUGAAUGUUUUUGGUGUAAUAUAAGUUUAAAAACAGCUGUGGUUUAUACGUCCACCAGGCCUAGUCACUCCAGGUCAUGGAGUGAUGGACUAAGUAGCCGCUGCUGUACUAGUUAUUUUUAUGUUUUCUUUCUGUAAUUAUGUCCUAGAUCAGAAGUGAGAAUAGCAUCUGUUUUUCCUGUUUUAGUUUGCAGAACAUUGAGUUGCUCUUUUUUUUUUUUUUUUUUUUUUUUUUUUAAACCAGUGGUAAUUUAACAAAAUAUCUGUACUAGCUUCUUUGUUGCCAGGUCAAGAUGUCAUAAGUGUAUAUAAAUGCGGAGCAGUUUAACACUAGGCAUAUUUCUCAACGUUCCAGAAGUCUUCAUGUGAUAAACAAUCAAAAUUUAGUCUUAACAUUUGAAGCAUAGUUCUUAAAUGUGAUAUAUAAACCAAAGAAAUUUGGAUCAGUGCAUUUUCCAGGAAUAUUUUGUUAAGCAUACAAAACAAUGUGUGAGUAGCAGAUGUCAUAAUAUUCGAAUAAAUUUUGUUCCUUUUUCAAAAAUA